AAACACAUGAAACACGUGAAACACAUGAAACUGCAGCCGAGCUACAGCGGGUCAGCGUCCUGAGGCCCGGUUGGUUUCCUUCUUGGUUCCACUGCUACAGACUGUGUUGUGUUUAAGUUUUGAAGGAAAUUACAUUUUGUCUUCAAAGUGACAGAAACAGAAAUAAACAUAAAAAUACUGAUGGUUUGUUUUUCUGUGAUUCUGCAGGAAGAAAUAAAGUUGGGUUCAUCUUUUAAAGCCUCGAUUGAAACAAACGGACAAAUAUUCAGUCACAUGAUCGCUUCGUAACUCUAAGAACUCUCUGUCUCUCUUUGUCUGUUUGCUUUGAGGAAGUUAACGAGGUGAGAUAACGAGCAGUUUGUCGAGGUGUGAUCUCACUAAGUGUUUUUAAAAAAGCGUCCGCGGUCUUUUCUCAGCUCAGUGAGUCUUCAUCAUCGUCAUCGCCAACAUCAACUCUCCGCAGAUCUACAAUGUUCUCCUCCUCCCUUCUCCUCCUCUUCCUCCUCUUCCUCUUCCUCCCUCGGUCUCUGGGAUGUCAGACGACCUCCUUCACCGAGUGUCAGCAGGCUCAGUUCGUACCGGGUCACAACCUGGUCGGUGAAGGUUUCGACGUGGUCAAGUUGACGACCACUGGAGCCUACGUGGUCAACGUCCAGGACUCCAUGGUCGGAGGGCCUCAGGGGAACUGCACCGUGUGCUACAACCGCCUCCUGAACCAGACCCAGAAACUGCCGGUUGCAGUCAAAGACUGGAGGAUCAAGGUGCACUGCCGGCGUAGUCUGAGCAGUAAAAUAUUCGAGUCCAGCCAAUCAGUCAUGAAAGACACAAGUUCAUCUCUCUCAGCCAGCUGGAAGGUGGGCCUCAGUCUUCCUGGACUUGGCGGGUUUGCAGUUGGAGGAUCACACUCCAAAACAUCACGAUUUGCAGAGAGCCACAGCAGAAAAGACAAGUUCUCCUUCACCACCCACAACUUUCAAUGCAAAUACUACACCUUCCGUGUUCACACCAGCCCUCCUCUGAGUAAAGAGUUUGAGGAUUCCCUGAAGAAUCUUCCUUCCACCUACGACCACAAGAACAGUUCAGCUUUCCUACAGUUCAUCUCUGUCUAUGGGACCCACUACAUCCGCAGGGUUCAACUCGGGGGUCGAGCUCACUCCAUCACCGCCAUCCGGACCUGUGAGGCUUCGAUGAGCAAGAUGUCUGUCAACACUGUGAGUGACUGCCUGUCCGUUGAAGCCAGCGCCGUCAUCAAAGGUAUCCAAAUCAGUGCUGAGUCCAAAUUCUGCAAGGACAGGAGCAAGACCCUAAAAAAUGGAGCAACCUUCAGCCAAGCCUUCUCUGACCGGGACAUCGAGGUUCUUGGAGGGGAUGGGGAUGUAGGGGACAUCAUGUUCUCCCCCAACAGUGCCUCGGGGUACAAGAAGUGGCUCAGUUCCCUGAGGAGGGUCCCAGGUGUGGUGUCCUACCAGCUCAAAUCCCUGCACUUUCUGGUGAGAGAAAACCCCGUCCUAAAGGCCAAUCUACGUAGCGCCAUCAGCGAAUACAUCCGCAAAACUGCCAAGUCCCUCCGUUGCCCGUCCGGCUGCAAGAUCGGCAAACAGAGCCGGAGCUGUGCGUGUCAUUGCAAAGGACACCGCAUGGUCAACGCCAACUGCUGCCCCGGCGAGACCGGCGUGGCCCGGAUGAACGUCACGGUAGUCCGUGCUGAGGGGCUGUGGGGGGAUGGAUAUUUCUCCAAGACGGAUGGAUACGUUAAGGUUUUUUAUGGUAAUCAAGGAGCCACGACACCGGUGAUCUGGAACAACAACUUCCCUUCCUGGAACUACCUCAUUCGCUUUGAAACGGUCAACUUAAGGCACAGAAAGCAGAUCCGUUUUGAGGUUUGGGACCGGGACAACCGCUGGGACGACGACCUGCUGGGGAGGGUGUACCUCAUCCCCACGAUGGGCAGCAACAUCAGAAAGAAGUUCCCGCUGAAACAUGGCUCGCUGUUCAUCAGUACGUCAGCUGUGUGCGCUCCCAGCCUGCAGGGGUCGCUGUGUGACCAGUAUGCUGCCUCGCCAACCUACGAGAGCGUGAUGGGAUACGUGAAGGAGGACCCGGAGGACCACUGGGGGUCAGGGUCAGAGCUUUGAGCUGACGGCGCACAGCAGCUUUGGACGUCUUGAAUUAUUGGAUCGCUUAUUUAGAUUAGACCUGUUUGCUGUUCUCGAUGUUUAACGGGUAACAAAGUUAGUUUGACUUCCUGUCACCUGUACAGUAACGUCAGGGAACAACUCUCGUCCAAUCAGAUUACUUCGUCUAAACUUCCUGUUGUAUAUUAAUGUCCAUCCUGUUUCUACAGAACAGGCGAGGGUGGAUCCUACAGACUGGACCUUUAAACAAAAGUACUGAUAUCACGCCGUAAAAAUACUCUGUUACAGGUAAAGUAAAAGUACAGAAGUACAGUAGACUCAUCCGCUCAUUAGCUAAACUGUGAAAAUCACUAACGAGGUUAACCCUUUAAACUCCAGUCGGUUCAUCUCAGUCUGAAGAACAGAGAAAUGGACGAGGAGUUAAGUAAUCUAUUACUUCCAUCUCUGGUAACGUUACCGUGGAGUUGACAGGAAGUCGAACAGUAGAGAGCGCGCUGCUUCCUGCUUGUUGUCAUCAGCUCGUCUGUGAAGAAUAAAAGUCGUCUGAAGACUU